CAUCACGAUACAGAGAACUGGUCAGCAAAGACAACUCCGCGAGUUAGUCCCCUGCAUGACCAAGCUCGUUGAGGAACUCACUAUUUUCUUUGCAUCAUCGUUACAGCAUGGAUUCCAAGGAUGUAAAGAUGCACCUUCUUUGUGAUUACACCUCUUCCUCGAAAUCUCAAACUAUCUACAAACUGUUAUGGGAGUAUGUGCAAUCAAGAAAGUUUGAGAACUUCAAGUGCCUUCUCGAGCAGAAUCUAGACAGAGAACCACCAGCCAUCGACGUAAAUCACAUCUACUCGAAAGAAUCAAACAAAACUUGGCUGGACGUCGCCAUUGAGAAAGAUUUUCCAGAGUUUGUGCAGUUCUUAUUAAAUAAAGGUGCAAACGUGAACAGAGUGAAUAAGACUCUCAAUCGUGGACCGAUUCACCUAGCCACGGAGAGGGCAUGUAAGACAGGCAAAUUCGAAGUCCUAGACAUACUACUGAAGGAAAGAACGAUAAAUCCGAAUCUCGAAGCGGCACAGCGAACGGCUUUACACUUCGCGGUGAAGGAGCAAAACUUAGAAUGCGCCCGUCGGCUGUUAGAAAAAGGCGCCAGUCCAAACAUACUUAAUACCCAGGGUGUAACCGCUUUACACUUGGCAGCGAUGCAGAAAGACUCGGACAUGGUGAACCUGAUCAUGACACAGAGCAAACACAUCUUGAAAUUAGAGUACGAAGACUACAAUGAACAGACAACUAGAGAAUUAUUGAAAAAGAAUUUUCCAAAUAUCCAAUUGCCUCCUCCUGUUGAGAAACAAGGAGCGAAUGUUCAAGAUUUAAAGUCCUACUUGAACAAUCAUGAUGAAGUGAAUUUUCUGAAGUGUCUGGAAGAAGUCGAAGAAGAUGAAGUGAACAAGCAGGCUGAGAAUUUGAUCGAACUGGCUAUCAAGAACAAUUUGCCGAAUACAGUUGCUGCGUUGUUAAAGAAAACAGACAGAGUUAAACCCAAUUUGGAAAAAGCAGCAAGCUUGGCUAUACAGAAAGGUUCACCAGACAUUCUUCGCCAACUAUUGGAAACAGUUAAAAGCAGGAAUAUUAAAAGCAGGAAUGUUGAAAACAGUUUGUUAAUGGAUGAUGGCAAACUAUUAAGACCGGAUCUGAAUGUUGAAAAAUUGUUAAUGGAUGCUUGCAUCGAACUUAGUACACCUACAAGGAAGGAUUGUGGCACUGCGGAGGAACGCUUGAACUGUUUCAAAAUGAUUGUCAAGGAGGAUGUGGAUCUUCGAUGCAAGGAUAGUAAGGAUGGCAAGAAGAAUACUCCACUUCAUCACGCAGCGAGUGCCGAUUGUCGCGAAGCAAUGACACAGUUGCUCGAGAAAGGAAGCUAUAUCGGUGAUAUGAACGCAUUCAAUAUCCCAGCUAUUGCUGACAUCCCAGUAUCCAUUUUAUCCAAAUAUUUCGAUGAUUGCAUUCAAGCCAAAAGAGAGAAAGCGAACGAAUACACGAUCGAAUUCAAUUACAAAUGCCUAAUGCCUAAGAACCCUGAAUUCUAUAUGGAGAGGCAAAACAAAAAUGUCAUAUUCUCGGACGAGAGCAUACGAGAAAUGGAUGUGUUUCGCUACAUAGCUGGCAACAAUAAUUUAAAACAAUUGCUUACGCACCCUUUGCUAUCCUCCUUUCUGUACCUAAAAUGGCACCGAAUAAGACACAUCGUUUAUUUAAAUUUUGUCUUCUAUCUCAUCGUCUACGUUUUACUGAACGCCUACAUUCUCCGCACUACUUAUGUAAGAGGUAAUAAUACAGAAACAAAUUCAAUCGAGAUCGAAGGAGAGGCAAAAGAAUUAUCCGUUCACGUCCUGCGAAUAUUUACUGGCAUCGCGCUGGGGCUGCUCGCACUCAGAGAGUUUCUCCAACUUCUUUCAUCUCCGUCUGAUUACUUAUGGAGCUCGGAGAACUGGAUAGAGAUGACUUUAGUGAUUUUUGCAUUUAUCACGAUCAACGAUGGAAACGUCCAAAUCGUGGCUAUGACUAUAUUAUUGUCCGCUUGGGAAUUAGUGAUACAAAUGGGAAAACAUCCACGAAUGUCUACCAGUAUUGAAAUGUUCAAGACAGUUUCUUUUAACUUUAUGCAUUUCUUCUUCUUUUAUGCAUUCCUUAUCUUAGCCUUCGCGCUAGCCUUCUUCACCAUCUUCAAGGACGGUGAAAACUUCCCGGAUCCCGGGCGUUCGCUGUUCAAGACUAUUAUCAUGCUCACGGGAGAGUUCGAAGCCGGUGACAUUCCAUUUAAUACACACCCUAUUUUCAGUCAUCUCAUCUUCGUGUUGUUCGUCUUUCUUAUAGCUAUAGUGUUGUUUAAUUUGUUGAAUGGCUUGGCAGUCAGUGACACGGCAGAGAUUCUCCACAAGGCGGAAUUGGUGGGACUGAUAUCCAGGAUAAAAGUACUCGCUUAUUUUGAAAACAUUGCGUGCGGCAAAAUGUACACGUGGAAAUUUAAUCCUUUGACAUUCCUAGUUGAGAAAGUUCUUCUGUUUCCAAGUUAUUUGAGGAGUGGCAAGCUGACUGUACAACCGCAAGACGGUUUGGAAAUCUCCAGGAGAUUACAUUACAAAGCACAGCCUGAUACGAGUUCUGAGACUCUUUCUGAGAAAGUAAUGCCUACGUUUAAGAUUGAUCCUUCUGUCAUCAAGCAGGCUAAGGACAUUUUGUCGAAGAGACGGCAAGAAACUGAUAAUGAAAAGUUGUUCAAUAAAAUGAAUAAACUUGAGGAAAGAUUCGAUGUGAUUGAAACUGUUUUAGUUUCCAUGAAGGAAACGAUUGAUAACAAUGUUAAUGUUGCCAGGGAUAAUUAAACGUAAUAUAUGAUUC